AUGUGGUGGCUGAAAUUCAUUCUCUUGAGUUUCGGCGUUUGUUUGAUUUUAUUUACGCCGAUAUCUGCAGGAAGCGACCGAAAAACCGACCCGGCGUUCAGUCCAUCAUCGCCGGGUAACCGUAUACACUCGAAGUCAGAAUCCUGGCAGGGUCACCACGCCUCUGGCCAUCAUUCAAGACAAAAACAACUCAAACAUCAACAUCAACAUGACAAGUUGUCGAUGACCGUAGAAUACGAGGAUGAUGAUGAUGAUGAAACGGAUAGGCUAAAUAGCCAGCCUAAGAGCAUCAUGUUAGGCGCCGCUAAAAAGGCCGACGCCAGUAUUAAGAGGCAGGGUUCCCAGUCCGAUGAAGAUGAUUUGUUGGAAAGUAAGGGACAAGACAGAUCAUCAGCCGGUGCCACAUCAUCGAGUCGUGCCUCCAAAGUUUCCCAGAUGAAGGAUAGUACCAGUGAGGAGGCAGGGUACAACGGCACGACUCCUAAGUUGGACUCAGUUAAGAGCAAAAUGCGUGAGGACGAGAGAAAACUCCGCCUCGCUUUGAUCAAAGAGACUAUUUUGAAACAUUUGGGAUUAAGUGCAGCCCCAGACAUCCAAAACCCGUCGAUACCCCAAAUCCCUACAGUACAGAGGGCGAUAAAUGAACACCUGAUGCAGAGGGACUCCCCUUAUAACUCGGGGCGGGAUAAGGAUUCAGAUACAGACGAGGAUGGAGAUACUUUACGACCUUUGCAAAGGAUAAUGGUGUCGUACUCAAGAUCUAUCUAUCUAUCUAUCUAUCUAUCUAUCUAUCUAUCUAUCUAUCUAUCUAUCUAUCUAUCUAUAGAUAGAUAG